AUAGAAACGUGGCUAAGAAGUUAUACAACCAGACAGUCCUAUUAAAAUUCGUCCAACUUCUGAAGUAUGGAGAAGGAGAACGACCAACCGGAGGUCCCUCUUGGGCCAGAUGGAAAGCCACUGUCUAAGAAAGCUCUGAAGAAACAACAGAAGGAUGCAGAGAAGGCAGCUAAGAAGGCCCAGAGGCAGGCUCAACAGGCUGCAGAGGCUGACGCCCAGGCAACAGAAGACUUCUCCAAGGAUCGCUAUGGCAACAUGGCCAUGCUGCAGUCUACAGAGAAACCAGACCGGAGGUUGGUUCGUGUUGAAGAGCUGACACCAGGCCUAGCCGGGGAGACUGUGUGGGUUCGAGCUAGGAUGCACACCAGCAGGGCAAAAGGAAAACAAUGCUUCCUUGUGCUGCGACAACAGCAGUUUAACGUGCAGGCUCUGGUGUUUGUGAAUGACAAGACUGUCAGCAAACAGAUGGUCAAGUUUGCUGCAAACAUCACAAAGGAGAGCAUCAUUGAUGUGGAGGGGGUUGUCCAGAAGGUGGCACAGCCAGUGGAGAGCUGCACACAGAGGGAUGUGGAGCUGCAUGUGGAAAGGGUAUUUGUGGUGAGUGCCUCUGCCCCACAGUUACCCUUACAACUGGACGAUGCAGCCAGGCCAGAACACGAUGAGGAGGAUGCCAGUCGACCUCGUGUGAACCAGGACACCAGGCUGGACAACAGGAUUAUAGAUCUCAGGACGACGACAAACCAGGCAGUGUACCGGGUGGUAGCGGGAGUGUGUGACCUGUUCAGGUCUACUCUGACAGGCAAGGGAUUCGUGGAGAUCCACACUCCCAAAAUCAUCUCAGCGGCCAGUGAGGGAGGAGCUAACGUGUUCACCGUGUCGUACUUUAAGAACAACGCGUACCUGGCCCAGUCCCCACAGCUGUACAAACAGAUGGCCAUCGCUGCUGACUUCGAGAGGGUCUUCACUGUUGGGGCUGUGUUCCGUGCGGAGGACUCCAACACCCACCGUCACCUGACUGAGUUUGUUGGCCUGGAUCUGGAGAUGGCGUUUAACUACCACUACCACGAGGUGCUAGACGUCAUCGGGGACAUGUUUGUGCAAAUCUUCAAGGGGCUCAGGGACAGGUAUAAGACCGAGAUCAACACCAUCCAGAAGCAGUUUCCGUGCGAGCCCUUCCGGUUCCUGGAGCCUAGCCUCAGACUGGAGUUCCCUGAGGCUGUGGCCAUGCUCAGGGAGGCUGGGGUGGAGAUAGGGGAUGAGGACGACCUCAGCACUCCUGAUGAGAAGCUGUUGGGAAGGUUGGUGAAAGCCAAGUAUGACACUGACUUCUUCAUCCUGGAUAAGUUCCCCCUGGCGGUGCGCCCGUUCUACACCAUGCCUGAUCCACAGAACCCGAAAUAUGCCAACUCGUACGACAUGUACAUGCGAGGAGAGGAGAUCCUGUCUGGAGCCCAGCGAAUCCACGACCCAGAGUUCCUGACAGAACGGGCCAAGGCUCACGAGAUUGACAUUGAGAAGAUCAAGUCUUACAUCGACUCCUUCCGUUAUGGAUGUCCUCCCCAUGGAGGAGGUGGGAUCGGUAUGGAGAGGGUGGUCAUGCUGUAUCUCGGACUGAACAACAUCAGGAAAACUUCCAUGUUCCCCCGCGACCCCAAACGGUUGACCCCUUAAUCUCUAUAGCAACCACCGAAAGAAACUUCUCUAAUUUCAUGAUAAUUUGCAUGGACCAAGAGCAAGAGUAAAGGUUUCAACAAGGAAGUUGUAAGAUGAAGAAGUGACAGGAACUACAAUGACCAAACUGUAGAAAGAUACAGGAAAGCUAAUAAAAAUAAUAAUGGUUUGAAAUUCCAUCUUAUUGUUUCUUUGAAGAGACCUUUAUAAGAAAGAAAUAGAUGGAAUUUGACACUUUAAUAAUUAAUAACGGUACUAGAUAAAUGAAUUUUUUUUCAAAAAUUUGUAAAGUUACAUUCUAAGACCCACACACAAAUUUGCAAAACCUCAGUGUGUCCUAUCACUGAACUAUUUAAUUAUGUUGAAUAUUAAACAUUUUACCAGGUGAUGUAUAUCUUUAAUAGGGCCAGUUCACAAUACAACAUUCAGCAAUAGCUUCCCUGUUACCUUACUCAGUAUACAGUGAAACAUGUUGCCAACAGUUAAGAAUUCUUGGGACAGUGUAGAUAGAUAGCAAGGUGUAUUUUCUAUAGUCUCUAGUCUACCAGACUAACUAUGCUGGCUAUAUAUAGCAGAAUAAUUGCCAGGGGAGUUUGGCCGCCUUGUAGGUUUGACUG